UUCAUUCGAACCGAAAACACAUCCCCAACGACGACGAUGACAACGAACCGAUCCACCAGAUUUCUGGUGUUGCUAGUGCUUACCUCUUUGGUGGCAAGAAACCAGGUGAAUGCCGCUGCCGCAGGACUCAAGUGCGGCGGCAAGAGCGCCGUGUGUGUGGGACCUCUCUCCUACCAGGAUUGCCUCGACGAUGUGACCGUCGGCCCGGUGGUGGCCUGCCCGCUCAACACCCGCUGCGUCACCGACGGUCUGGAGAUCUGUGUGGCCGUCAAGUCGGCGGCUGUGGAGGCUCCCACGGCGGCUGUCGCCAAGAUGGUGACCAUCACCGACAGUCCGGUCAGCGAGUCCGCUUCGCUCGUGGAGAGCAAUCCCAUUCCCAACGAGAGCUCCACCGAAGGACCCGGCAUCGCUUCCAGUGCUGCCCCUGCUGAGAACACGUUGGCGCCCGUUGAGACUACUGCUCCUGUGAAGGAAACUACCACCACUGGCGCUGACGGAGCUGUCGAGACAGAGUCCACUGCCCCCAGCCAGGACGUCACCACCACGCAGGCUCCCGGAGAAACCACUCUGGCACCCGGAUCGGAGGACACCACCCCACCCACCGACCCCAACGCUCCCCUCGAUCCCGAAACUACCACCGCCGCCCCAGGAGAAGUUGACCCCAAUGCUCCUCUUGAUCCCAACGCUCCUCUUGAUCCCAAUGCUCCUCUUGAUCCCAACGCUCCUGCAGCCACUACGACAGCACCAGGAGAAGUCGAUCCCAAUGCUCCAAUCGAUCCAAACUCCCCUCUGGACCCCAACGCACCGGAAGGAUCUACUAAUGAACCUGGCCUAGUCGACCCGAGCGCACCUGAAGUAACCACUCCCGCUCCUGGAACUCCUGCUGACCCCAACAGUCCCGCCGAAACAACCGAUGCCCCUGGAACUCCUGCCGAUCCUAACGCCCCCGUUGAAACUACCGCUGCUCCUGGAGAACCUGCCGAUCCCAACGUUCCUGCAGGACCAACCGCAGCUCCUGGAGAACCCGCUGACCCGAAUGCUCCUGCUGGAUCUACCGCUGCUCCUGGAGAACCCGCCGACCCGAAUGCUCCUGCUGGAUCAACCGCUGCUCCUGGGGAACCCGCCGACCCGAAUGCUCCUGCUGGAUCUACCGCUGCCCCUGGAGAACCCGCUGACCCGAAUGCUCCUGCUGGAUCAACCGCUGCUCCUGGGGAGCCCGCUGACCCUAAUGCUCCUGCUGGAUCUACCGCUGCUCCUGGAGAACCCGCUGACCCGAAUGCUCCUGCUGGAUCAACCGCUGCUCCUGGGGAGCCCGCUGACCCUAAUGCUCCUGCUGGAUCUACCGCUGCCCCUGGAGAACCCGCUGACCCGAAUGCUCCUGCUGGAUCUACCGCUGCCCCUGGGGAACCCGCUGACCCGAAUGCUCCUGCUGGAUCUACCGCUGCUCCUGGAGAACCCGCUGACCCGAAUGCUCCUGCUGGAUCUACCGCUGCCCCUGGAGAACCCGCUGACCCUAAUGCUCCUGCUGGAUCUACCGCUGCCCCUGGAGAACCCGCUGACCCGAAUGCUCCUGCUGGAUCAACCGCUGCUCCUGGGGAGCCCGCUGACCCUAAUGCUCCUGCUGGAUCUACCGCUGCUCCUGGAGAACCCGCUGACCCGAAUGCUCCUGCUGGAUCAACCGCUGCUCCUGGGGAACCCGCUGACCCGAAUGCUCCUGCUGGAUCUACCGCUGCUCCUGGGGAACCCGCUGACCCAAAUGCUCCUGCUGGAUCUACCGCUGCUCCUGGGGAGCCCGCUGACCCAAAUGCUCCUGCUGGUUCUACCGCUGCUCCUGGAGCUCCUGUUGAUCCCAACGCUCCUGCUGGUUCUACCGCUGCUCCUGGAGCUCCUGUUGAUCCCAACGCUCCUGCUGGUUCUACCGCUGCUCCUGGAGCUCCUGUUGAUCCCAACGCUCCUGCUGGCUCUACCGCUGCUCCUGGAACUCCUGUUGAUCCCAACGCUCCUGCUGGUUCUACCGCUGCUCCUGGAGCUCCUGUUGAUCCCAACGCUCCUGCUGGCUCCACCGCUGCUCCUGGAGCUCCUGUUGAUCCCAACGCUCCUGCUGGUUCUACCGCUGCUCCUGGAACUCCUGUUGACCCCAACGCUCCUGCUGGUUCUACCGCUGCUCCUGGAGCUCCUGUUGACCCCAACGCUCCUGCUGGUUCUACCGCUGCUCCUGGAACUCCUGUUGAUCCCAACGCUCCUGCUGGUUCUACCGCGGCACCUGGAGCUCCUGUUGAUCCCAACGCUCCUGCUGGUUCUACCGCUGCUCCUGGAGCUCCUGUUGAUCCCAACGCUCCUGCUGGCUCUACCGCUGCUCCUGGAACUCCUGUUGAUCCCAACGCUCCUGCUGGUUCUACCGCGGCACCUGGAGCUCCUGUUGACCCCAACGCUCCUGCUGGUUCUACCGCUGCUCCUGGAGCUCCUGUUGAUCCCAACGCUCCUGCUGGCUCUACCGCUGCUCCUGGAACUCCUGUUGAUCCCAACGCUCCUGCUGGUUCUACCGCGGCACCUGGAGCUCCUGUUGACCCCAACGCUCCUGCUGGUUCUACCGCUGCUCCUGGAACUCCUGUUGAUCCCAACGCUCCUGCUGGUUCUACCGCUGCUCCUGGAGCUCCUGUUGAUCCCAACGCUCCUGCUGGCUCUACCGCUGCUCCUGGAACUCCUGUUGAUCCCAACGCUCCUGCUGGCUCUACCGCUGCUCCUGGAACUCCUGUUGAUCCCAACGCUCCUGCUGGCUCCACCGCUGCUCCUGGAGCUCCUGUUGAUCCCAACGCUCCUGCUGGUUCUACCGCUGCUCCUGGUGCUCCUGUUGACCCCAACAUUCCCGCAGGAGGUACCCCUGCUGAUCCCAACAUCCCUGCUGGUGGUGCACCAGGCUCUUCUGCCGGAGGUGCCCCAGGAUCUGCUGCUGGUGGUGCUCCAGGCUCAUCUUCUGGCGCUGCUGCUGGUGGUGCUCCAGGCUCUUCGGGAUCUCCAGCUGGUGGUGCUCCAGGCUCUUCAUCUGGUGCCGCUGCAGGAUCACCUGCUGGUGGUGCCCCAGGAUCUGCUGCUGGUGGUGCUCCAGGCUCAUCUUCUGACGCUGCUGCUGGUGGUACUCCAGGCUCUUCUGGAUCUCCAGCUGGUGGUGCUCCAGGCUCUUCAUCUGGUGCCGCUGCUGGAUCCCCUGCUGGUGGUGCUCCAGGUUCUUCUGGAUCUGCUGCUGGAGGUGCCCCAGGUUCUUCAUCUGGUGCCGCGGCUGGAUCUCCCGCUGGUGGUGCCCCAGGCUCUUCGUCUGGAUCGCCUGCGGACCCAAAUGCUCCGCUUAACCCACCAACUGGUUCGGUCAUUCCAUCGAUUCCUACCCUGCCUGGCGGAUCUGGUUCUUGGAAUUGGCAGCAACGACCUAACGCACCCUUCGUGCCACCGUUCUGGAGACCUCAUCUCCCGGGACAGAAUGGAGAGGCCGCCGGCUCGAAUGCUGCUGGAAAUGGUGCCGUCAAUCCCGUGGCACCCCACCGCCCUCUUCCCUUCUGGCCCAAUUGGCAAAACUGGGUGAACAGCUGGCGCAAGCCGACCACCGAGGCUCCUGUUCCCGCUCCUGCCCAGCCCGAAGAGCCCCAGAUCCCGUCGCAGCCCGAGGUCCCCCAGCAGCCCGGACAGGCCGAGAAGCCAAGCAACAACAGCCCUGAGACUGCCGAGAGCGUGGAACAGCCCGCCCAGAAUCCUCCUGCCUCCAACGAGAACGCCUCUGUAGAGGAGAAGUCCAAGCCCAAGUCCGGCGAGGAGCAGGAUAAGAAGAAGCCCGCUUCCGAGGAGAAGGACAGCAAGGAGAAGAAGGACAAGGAUAGCAAGGACAAGUACAGCAAGGAAAAGGAGAAGAAAGACUCCAAAGAAGAAAAGGAGAACGAGUCGCAGGGCCCCAAGGAGAACGAGAAGGACGAUAGCGAGGACAACGAGCUGAGCUCCAAGGAGAAGAAGCAGUACGUCAAGGAUGUGCUGAAGAAGCUGAAGAAGGGCGAGGAGUGCGACGAGGACGACGCCAUCCCUGAUGUCCGUGACUGCCGGAAGUACUACCGCUGCGAACUGAAGAAGUCCGGCAAGCACAAGUUCGUCCACCUCCGCUGCGACAAGAAGGAGCGCUUCGACUGGCUCGCCCAGUCCUGUGUUCCCAAGGACGAAGCCCGCUGCCUGGAGAAGUAGAAGACCAUUCUACUCUCAACUCUCGACCAUUGACCAUCGACCAUCGCCCUCGACCCCUGCCUUCGAAACAUUCCCACUGUAGUAUUCCAGCUUCAUCUAAUACGAUUCUUACUACGAUUUUUUCUUUGCAAUGAUAUUCGGUUUUUUAAUCCUAUGAUCCUAAAUAAUUUAUUAUAAUAUCUUACACUUAUUGGUAAUAUGUAAUUUUUUCGUUUUUAUUAAUAAAAUUUCAUAUAUGUAUGAUGCAA